CGCGCGCGCGCUGUGAAAGCGACGAGUGACGGUGUGUACUGUUGUGUGAGAGUACGCGCGAGCGAAACGUAUAAACGCCUCUCCUCUCUGGUCACGACGCAUCGCGACGACCGCGAAAGGCCGCUGAGAGAGAGAGAGAGAGAGAGAAAAAACACCGGCCACUCCCGAGAGAGUGUAAUAACCGAGCGUCCGCCGCGUGUUGCACGAGGAAAACGCGUCGUCGGGACGGUUGAGGUUAGGAGACGUCGCCUGGGUGCAGUUUUGCAGUGCGUCGUGGUGGUACGCGCGAUCUCUCGCGCGCGCGCGCGCGCGCAGCACGUCGGGACACACGAGGUCAACUGUCAGGUUUACGUUCAGCUGGUAGGGAUACGAGAGAGAGAGGGCAAAAGGAACGACCGAGCCCUAAUGGCGUAACGGCGGACUUCGCGCGGACGUAGUGGACAACGCGCUCGGCGGAGGGACAGAGAGCGGGGAACGGAAGAAAGGAGCGGGUCGUAAGGCAGUGACGUAAGGAAGGUGACCCGAGCGUCGUCAAAGACCGCACCAACGAUCGCACGGAGGGGUUCAUCGGCUGGAUAGAGACGCGCGCGUUCGCAGCUGCUGGAGGGAAGCGCGAGAGAGGAAGGAGAGGAAGCCGCCGCGAUGGGAGAGAGACGCGGUACGAAGGCGCUAGAGCUCUGGUGCCGUCGAAUAACCGACGGUUACCCGGGUGUAAACGUGCAAAACAUGACCACCUCCUGGAGAGACGGGCUCGCCUUCUGCGCCAUGAUUCAUCACUUUCGGCCGGAUCUCAUCGACUUCAACAGCCUGAACAAGGACGACGUGUACGGGAACAACGAGCUGGCGUUUAGAACGGCCGAGCAACACCUCGGGAUUCCCGCCCUGCUGGACGCCGAGGAUAUGGCGUCGUGCACGGUGCCCGAUCGAUUGUCGAUUCUCACCUACCUCUCGCAGUUCUACCAAACUUUCGGAGGAUCCUCGCCGAGUCGUCUGGCGACGAACAGAACGACCGAAAGUUCCGAUGAGAGGAUCGCCCCCGUUCCAGAGUCUCCUAAGCAAAAGGUGGGGUCGCGUCUGGGGAUGCGGAGGGAUCCGUGCGCCGCGUGCGGACUGCCGGUCUUCCUGGCGGAGAAGCUGCUGAUAGCGCGCGCUCCAUAUCACCGUACUUGCUUCCGGUGCGCCCGUUGCGGCAACCAGCUGACGCCCGGCAAUUAUUACGAGACCGAGGAGGGCCAAUAUUGCUGUGAGACCUGUCCCGACGAGGAGGAGUCCUCCAACGGAGUGCACCGCAAGUACACCGACUCCAUCAUGGCCGAGGCGGGACGGGAGACGAACGAGGUAUCCACGAGGUCGUCUCUCAGCGAUGAGGAGAAGACAGGGAGGAAGGUCGCCGCGCGAAGUCUACUGGAGAAGGUUGCGGUGCCCGAUCUGAUCUCCCACACGUCGCAGAUGCGAAAGAGCUUCAUGGCCAGCCAUCUUCUCUCCGAGAAGAUCGACGAGUCCAUCGCGAGGGACGCGAAGAACGUCAAGGUCGACUCGGAUUAUCGCGAGGGAGCGAAAGGCAGGAUCGAUUCGGCAUUCCCAGACGACGACGAGAAUGAGGAGCAAGAGGACGGGGAGGAGGAGGAGCAGGGAAGAGAGGAGGAGGAGGAGGAGGAAGAAGAGGAAGAAGAAGAAGAAGAAGAAGAGGAUGAUGAGGAGGAGGAGGGAGUAGAUUCCCGUAGCUCCACGGCGGAUUUGCCCGUCAACGAGAAGGGCUCCAACGUGGAGCGAUACGAUGUACAUAGCGCGUUAAAUAGCUUAGACGUUAGAAGUAAGGAGGAUCAGCGACCGACUGCCAUUUCAUUCCAUGACGUAGAUAAGAAUAAUAAAACGGAGGAUACCAAAGAGUCGUCGGGACGCGCUAAUUCCGCAACGAGCAGCAUGUCCUUGGUUCAGCGGAGGCUGCAAAUGUUCGAGGCUCACGACAAGGUAGGCCACGUUGGCAAGGUUGACAAGAAAGAUCGCGAGAAUAAGAGUGCCUUGCGGGAGACUAAGACGAGUCCUACGGCGCUGGACGUCACGGGGGACAACGCUCAGGUCGCCGACUCCCGGGGCCAGGCACCGGACGUUCUUCGGCCGAACGAUGACGAACGCCCGGAGGAGCGGCUCCGGGAGGGAUCGAUGAUUAACAACGAAGAGAGCGUCGCGAAUGUCGAUGGACAACGAGAAAAGGAAGAGAAAGAGGGGGAAGAAGAAGACUCGGCGAAUCCGGUUGCCGAGAGACAGGAAGACAGCUUCUCGGGAGACGACAUCGUACGGAUAAAGAGCGAAGAACGUCUCGAUGAUAACCGAGAGAUCGAGGAGAGUCCGAUAGGUAUCGAGAGGCAACGAGAGAACUUAGCGAGGAGCAAAAGCGACGGGGCAGAAGACAACGACGCGAAAACGACGAAGAGGAAGUCCUCCGAGACCGGCGCGGAGAACAAGUCGCCGAUGAGCGCAGAUCCCGUCGACCUGAGCGUCGUCGCGACCGACGACGACUACCCGGAGGAUCUGAAUCCGUUCAAGAGCGACGAGGAGGACAACGUCAUGGAAGACAAACGGCAGAGUAGCGCGAAAGGCGGCUCGUCGAGGAGCGGCAAGGUGUCGACCAAUCCCUUCGACAGUGAGGACGACGACGAGGAGGAGGAGGGAGUCGCACCGCCGCCGAAACCGGCAGCCAGGAGCAGCAAGCCGGAGAGCCGAGGAGGCGCGACGACGACGACUGCGGCGGCGUCCACGAAACGGCUUGUGGCCGCACCGCAAAUCAAUUUCCGUUCUUUCUGGAGCGACGAGGAGGAGGAGCGCGACAGCGACUCGGAAGGCCGGGACAGGACGCUGCUAGGAAGCAACGCGCCCGUCCCGAAACCGCGCACUAUCAAGACCACUCCUGGUGAGGUGAACGUGAUGCUGCGAAGAAGCGAUUUCAAUCGUGGAGAUAUGUACGCGUCCAACAGCUCUUUGGCGAGCUGCGAAUCGGCCGCGACCGUCGGUGGUACGCACAGGAAGAAGAAGCCCGCACCGCAGCCGCCGACCGCGAAGGAACUCUUCCCGUCAGACCAGCAGACGUCGCCGGUUAAGUCGUGCAACAGCACUCUCCCUUCGUAUCAGAGCUCAUCGCCCCGCACGACUCCGCGAGCUCGGAAGACGAAGCCGGCGCCACCACCGCCGAUGUCCACCAGUACACCUUGCAGCGUGCCGAUCGGCGACGCGUUGAGCCUUACCGAGUCGUCGAUCAACGAGCUGCACGGCAGCAGCGACGAUCACAACAGCUUGGAGAUGUGGCAGGAUCAGAAGACCAACAAGGACGAGACGAAUCGAAACAGGCAGAGCUUGAGCAGCGUCACCGACGAUAUCUCCUACAAGUCCUACGCCGACAAGAGCGUACAGGGGAAGUGGAAGAGGAAGAAAGGACCGGCUCCGCCGCGACCGAUCCCGCACAGGAGGAAGAUCAAGGUGAUAUCCAUGAAGGACGUGAAAUUGGAACUGGACGAGAUAGAGUUGCAACAGCAGGGCUUGGAGAGGCAGGGUGUGCGAUUGGAACAGUUGAUACGGGACAAAUGCGAAUCCAGACACGGGACGGAAGACUCGCCGCUCGGCACGGACGUGGAGGAACUGGUGUUGGAGUUGUUCGCGUUGGUGAACGAGAAGAACGAGCUGUUCCGGAGGCAGGCCGAACUGAUGUUACUCCGGCGGCAACAAAGAUUGGAGGAGGAGCACGCCGAGGUGGAAUAUCAAAUACGAUGUCUCAUGUGCCAGCCGGAAGCCACUAAAACGGACUUCGACAAGCAGAGAGAGGAAGCGUUGAUACAAAGGUUAGUAGAAAUUGUCGAGAGAAGAAAUGAGAUUGUCGAAUGUCUGGAGAUGGAUCGUCGCAGAGAAGUGGAGGAGGACAAGAGCAUAAAUAAGCAUAUGGGUCUAUUUGCCGCGAGAAACAAGAACGAGCUGUCGAGCAACGACAAUAAUUCCUCCAGUGUGACGAAAACGGCGAAGAAAGGGAAAUUUAAGGAGAAACUGAAGGAGAAGAAGUCGAAGAAGGUGUCGAAGAAAGACGCCGAUAAAGACGUGGACGAGACUGAGGUGAAACCUAAACGCCACAAUAAGCGAAAAUGGUUUUGAGCUACGUCAGUGUUAUUAUUAUAUUACAAUAGAUAUAAAAAUAAAGAUAUAAAUAUAUAAAGCACAUUUAGUAUUUAAUACUUUUAUACAUAUUUUUAACUAUCUGUUAUUUAAGAAGAUGUAGAGAUAUAUUCUGAGAUUAUAUAUAUUAGUAAAAAAUACCAAACUA